AACUGUGGGUCAACAUGUGAAGUAACUAACUGUAAAGGUAACUGUAACAGGAAUACAGGACAAUGUUCUAGCUGUAUACCAGGUUGGUAUGGUACAAACUGUGAAACUAGAUGUUCUAGUAAUUGUACUGAAGAAUGUAAUAAAUCAACAGGUAGAUGUGCAGAAUGUAAACCAGGAAUAUUUGGUGAUGAUUGUAAUAAACCAUGUCCUGUUGACUGUCUUGCUACUUGUACCAGGAACGAUGGUAAAUGUAAUAGAUGUAAACCUAAUACAGUUGGUCUAUAUUGUAAUUCUACAUGUGGUGCUGAAUGUCUACCAAUUCCAGAUGGGACUCAAGAAACAUGUAAUAGAGAUGGUAGAUGUAGUGAAUGUAUUAUAGGAAGAUAUGGUGAUGGAUGUGAUCAGCACUGUAGUACAACAUGUGAUGGUAGAUGUGAACGACACGGUGGCAAAUGUGAUAGAUGCAUUACAGGAAAACAUGGUGAUGGAUGUGAUAAGAUCUGUAGUACAACCUGUAAAGAUGGGUGCGAUAGAACAAGGGCUACAUGUAAUACCUGUUUUAAAGGUAUAAGCGGAGAUAAGUGUGAUGAGAACUGUAAUGAAAAUUGUACUGUUUGCAAUCAGUAUGAUAUCAACAACUGUUCACAAUGUAAAGAUGGAAAAUAUUAUGGAACAUCAUGCAAUUACCCGUGUAGUUCUAACUGUAAAUAUAGCUUAUGUUCUCAGAUGGAUGGGGCUUGUUCUGUUGGUUGUGUGGAGGGUAAAACGGGACAACAUUGCUCUGAAAGUAAGAUUUGUUUAUGUAUCAUUUGCAUUUAUUUUGAUCAAAAUCUAUUACCACAUGUAAGCUUAGGUUUUUAUUUGACUAAUAGAAUAAUCGAUAUUGUUAGGUAG